CGCGGCCGCGCGUUCCGCAAGGAGGACGAGGAGGAAGCGGCGCAGCUUGCCGGCCGAGAGGAAGCGCUCCACCCGCGCCCCCGACGGCGCUCGUUUAACCACAUCCGCGCCUCCGCUGGAAACGCGUCCAGGCGCCUGUCACCGGUUCCCUCCAUUUUGAAAGGGAAAAAAAGGCUCUCCCCCUUCCCCUCCUCCUAGGAGCCGGAGCCGGAGGAGCCGCGCUCAUGGCGUUCAGCCCCUGGCAGAUCCUGUCCCCCGUGCAGUGGGCGAAAUGGACGUGGUCCGCGGUGCGCGGCGGGGGCGCCGGAGAGGACGAGGCCCGAGGGCCCGAGGGCGACCCCGAGGAGGAGGACUCGCAAGCCGAGACCAAAUCCUUGAGUUUCAGCUCGGAUUCUGAAGGUAAUUUUGAGACCCCUGAAGCUGAAACGCCCAUCAGAUCGCCACUCAAGGACUCCUGUGAUUCACAGCUGGGACUGGCAGGCCCUGGGGCCAAAACCCAAGACUCAGAAGAAGUGGAUGAACAGCUGGUGGCAGAAGUGGUUGCACAGUGUUCAUCUGCGGCUUGUUCUAGUCCCCCAGAAAAUGAGGGGGCUCAGCAAGCUACCAGCUGUUCCUCAGCCAAGGGUUUCAAAGAACAGCCUGAACCUGACAUUAGCAAAAUCUCAGUGGUGAGGCCAUUUUCCAUAGAAACCAAGAAUUCCACGGAUACCCCAGCAGCGCUUGGGACAAACGCAGGUUAUGGCAGUGUCACCGCGGACUUAGGCGAGGCCGGGCCCUCCGGGGCACCAGACGCCCUCCAGGACGAGGCCAUGACCGAGGGCACCAGGGGGCUCCCGCUGGAGGCGCCCGCAGAAGCUGGCCCGAAGGCGGGAAGCCCCUGUCCGGAGCUGGUACCCGGCAGGAGCAGGCUGAGGAAGCCCAAGCCCGUCCCCCUGAGGAAGAAGGCCAUCGGCGGGGACUUCCUGGAGGGCCCGCACCUCACUGGGCCAUCCGGCCAGCUCGGUCCUGAUGGAGUGGAUGGGAACCACAGCCCUUCCUCACGCAGACGUCCCCCCAAGGUUAAGGAAACUCCCGGCCCUCCUGGGAGUGACAUCAACGACUCAGGGGUUGAGCUGCUGGAGGGGUCGCAGAGCUCCCCGCUGAAGCUGGAGUUUGAGUUCUCAGAAGAUGUGGCAAGUGAAGAGGCCAGGAAAGCCCUUCCCAGGAGACUGGGCAGGAAAGCGGGGAGCAGACUGACUCCCCAGGCCCAGAAAGAUGGUGCCAGCGUGGCAGGAGGAGCAGAGCCGCCUCCCGGCCCGGCCGCGGACGGUGGUCCUCUCCCCCGAGCAUCUUCCACGCUGGACCCCGGGCCCUGGGAGAGCCCCACGUCCAGUCCUCUUGGGGGCCACUCCGCCCUGCAGCACUCCCCCCUGCUCUCCUCUAAGGGCUCCUACCGCUUCGACCCAGAUAACUUUGACGAAUCCAUGGAUCCCUUUAAACCCACCAUGACUCUCACGGGCAGCGACUUUUGCUCUCCCGCCGGUAGUCAUGUUCAUGAAAUCUUAGAAUCACCCAAGAAGGCCAAGUCGCGUUUAAUAACGAGUGGCUGUAAGGUGAAGAAAUACGAAGCUCAGUCUCUGGCUUUGGACGGCUGUUCUCAGGAUGAAGGUGUGGUGACCUCCCAGCUUUCAGACAUCUCCCACCGGGACGGCCACGCCACCGAUGAGGAGAAGCUGGCGUCCACAACAUCGGGUCAGAAACCCGCGGGGCCCGAGGGGAAAGGCAUCGAGAAAGACACGUGCCAGAAGAUGGAGAAGGAAGGACCUGCGGGGCCCGGACUGCUGGAGUCCCCGAUGGAGAAGGUCCCAGUGUCAGUGGCCUGCGGUGGGGAGAGCCCCCUCGAUGGCAUCUGCCUCAGCGAAUCGGACAAGACCGCCGUGCUCACCCUGAUCAGAGAAGAGAUCAUCACUAAAGAGAUUGAAGCAAAUGAAUGGAAGAAAAAAUACGAAGAAACCCGACAGGAAGUCUUGGAGAUGAGGAAAAUCGUGGCCGAGUAUGAGAAGACCAUUGCCCAAAUGAUCGAAGACGAGCAGAGGACAAGCAUGUCAUCUCAGAAGAGCUUCCAGCAGCUGACCAUGGAGAAGGAGCAGGCCCUGGCCGACCUGAACUCUGUGGAAAGGUCGCUGUCCGACCUCUUCAGGAGAUACGAGAACCUGAAAGGCGUCCUGGAAGGGUUCAAGAAGAACGAAGAAGCCUUGAAAAAGUGCGCUCAGGAUUACUUAGCCAGAGUCAGACAAGAGGAGCAGCGGUACCAGGCCCUGAAAAUCCAUGCGGAAGAGAAACUAGACAAAGCCAACGAGGAGAUUGCUCAGGUCCGGACAAAAGCAAAGGCCGAGAGCGCCGCCCUCCACGCGGGGCUCCGGAAAGAGCAGAUGAAGGUGGAGUCUCUGGAAAGGGCCCUUCAGCAGAAGAACCAAGAAAUCGAAGAACUGACGAAAAUCUGUGACGAGCUGAUUGCAAAGCUGGGAAAGACAGACUGAGUUUCCCCGGUUAGCUCAGCAGAUCUGCGUUUGGCUGCUUCUCUCUUGUGACCACGAUUACCUUGCCUUAUCCAGGAAUAAUUUCCCCCUUGCAGAGAAAAAAAAAAA